UCUCACAAUGAAUUGAAUUAAACUCAAUCAUAUCUGCAAUUCUGCGAAUUAGGAAUAAUAUUAUAUACCUCCCACUAGAGUCAUCCUCCGCUUGCUCAUAUCCAAUUUUUCUGACUGAUUCAACCUCCACAAACACCCCCCCCCCUCUCUGCUUUGCUCUGGAUGAAAACUUCCUCGACUACUUUGGAAUCCUCUACAAGCUUCUUCUACUCACUUACAUUGUCAAGGGAUAAGUGUGGAGGUUUUCAAGCUCAAUGUUUUCAUUGGAUAAGCAUUGGUUACAUGUACCAAAAUCCUGGUUGCGGUAUACCUGAGCAUAACUUGCUUUAAUUUUUUAUUGAAGUUAUCUAGUUCCAGGGUGAAGUGUAAUCAAAGUUUCUUACGCGUUGCUGAUGUGUGAAAUAAAAGAGAGUGAUGGCAGCAGCAGAAGCCGGGGCUGUAUGGCAAAGAACAGCUAAUCGCUGUUUUGUUCAAGAAGAUGCCAAAAGAGCUCCCAAGCUAGCUUGUUGCCAAUCAUCAUCCUCAUCAUCUAAGUAAUUGGAUGGAUAACCAACAAGUGCAGCAGAUAUGCCAGAUCAAUCUUCUGUAGGUUUCAUGCCCCCAAAAACGAAUCCCUCAUAUUACAGUCUACCCCCUGAUACAAGUUGGUGGCUUCAACUGCAACCUAGCUAUGGGUACCAAAAAUGUUUAACACGUGAGCAGUUGAAUGCUUUGGAAACUGAGCUGGAAAGCUUGAGAGCUAACAUUGUAGACUCACCCUCUAAAAAUGAGAUUUGUAAACAAGAUGACGAGGACAACAUGUUUCUGGAUGGUAGCAAGAAUAGCGAGUCAUCUCUUGAUAUAUACUGUAGGAUCUCUGCUGAUUAUAUGAAGAAAGAUUGUGAUGUUAAGAAACAAGAGCUAAGGGCUUUAUAUGUCAAGGACUUUCAAGAAUUUAAUGAGCUUAAGGAUGCAAGGAAGAACUCCAAGUUGAUGGAGAUGGAUCUUACUGGAUGGCCCGAAUCACAAAAGGACAAUGAGUAUGGCUUUGAUCCAGAAUCAUCUUGGAUUGGGAGUGAAAAGAAUAUGCCAUGGUGGCGCAAAACAGAUAAAGAUGAUUUGGCCUCCCUGGUUGCACAGAAGUCACUUGAUUAUAUUGGGAAUUGUGACCUUCCCCCACCUCAAAAGGUUCACAUCAGGAAAUACCCAUAUGCUCAUUCUGGAUCUUUUCAGCAUGAUAAUACACUGGCAUCAUCUUUGGAUUGGAAGGCACAAAUUGGCUGUAUCUCCUCAGCAACUGGUCAUGUGCAGGGCUGUCCCAAAUCUGAAGGCAUGCCUGGAAAACAAAGAGGUUCAACUGAAGGGCAAUCACUAAGUGGUUCUGACAAGGCAUGCAGUUAUGCAGCAACUAUUAAGGAAGCUGCAGAAAUUGGACAAAUUUCUGAGAAUGAUCCUUGCAAGGCUCAACUACUGGAAGCACUCCGUCAUUCUCAGACACGUGCAAGGGAAGCUGAGCAGGUAGCAAAGCAAGCAUGUGCUGAGAAGGAGCAUAUUGUCAAACUCUUCUUCAAACAAGCCUCUCAACUCUUUGCCUAUAAGCAGUGGUUCCAACUGCUGCAGCUCGAAACCCUUUACUACCAGAUGAAAAACAGCGACCAGCCAAUUUCUAAUCUCUUCCCUGUAGUUCUUCCAUGGAUUCCUCAAAAAGGUAGGAAACUGUGCAAGAGCUGGCAAAAGUCAUCGAAGGGUAACCGAGGCAAGGAAAGUCAUCCAAAGCAUGAUGUUGGCAAGUAUGCUGUUGCUUUUGCAUUAGGGUUGAGUCUUGUUGGUGCUGGGUUGCUUCUGGGAUGGACAGUUGGUUGGGUGCUGCCUUUCUAGAGUAUCAGCCAAAUUCCCCCCUUGUGAAAAUUGAUUUACAAGGAAACAUUUGUUUCCAUGUAUGUAUUUUUUUUUUUUUUGUUCUUUGUCCGAUGUCCUGAUGUGUGGAGCUGUUCGUGUGUAUAUUUUGAGUUGAUUGUGUUCUGGGUCCAGAAGAUCUCAUCAAUCAUAUCUUUUGGUGAUCAUCUGUAUAUUUGAUUGAACUUUAGUAUCGAUCUAGUAUUCGUGUUGCUA